AACUAAAUGACUUACUUUCAGCACAUGUGUACUGCAAGCUGAGUGUUUUUUAAUUUUUAGCCGCUAUAAAAAGAGCAUGAAAUAUAAGUAAUUUCACUGUUGUUAAAGUUUCAAUACAGCUCACAUAACAUGGCAAACGAUCGCAAUGUCGACAAAUCAAAGCUCUCCAAGCAUUUAAUGCAGAUGAAGUUUAUGCAACGAAGUCAAGAAAAUGACAUCCAAAAGGAAAUUGAGGAAGAAGAACGACGCAGGGUGGAUGAGACCCACUGGGUUCUUGACCUACCGGAAAUAAUAGCAAAGGAGAGCAAAUAUGAGGUGGAGUCAAGCCAUGCAGUUUGUAAAGAUUUAAAGUUUGGCCGGAUGUCAUUCAAAGGAAUGAACCCAACAAUCGAAAAAAUAAUGCAAAGUCUGGUAGCCGAGGAAUUGGAGAAAAAAUCUGAGCAAAAAGAGCGAGAAAUGACAGUAUCCGACGAAGAAAUGGCGAGAAGGUACAGCACGUUGGUCAACACGGUCGGCAAUAAGUUCACCACUAAGCGGCAACGGUCGCAACAAGCAACUGGAAGCGAUACAACGAAGAAGGUCAAGAGAGAGUUCAAGAAGCCACCUGAUGAAUAAAGCUCUUGGUGGCAUUGAAGUAAAUUCAGAAGGAUCUGGGUGCCAGACAGUAGGCAUUUAUUGCCAUAGAAAUAAUGUACUAUUUUGCAUGUUUUGUUAAUGACAUAUCGCCUUACAAACAUCACAAGGCCAGACAGCCACUUCAAGGCAAGCACUACACCUAACAGAUUUGGGCUGUCGUGUAACAGAUUUGGGCUGUCGUGUAACAGAUUUGGGCUGUCGUGUAACUGAUUUGGGCUGUCGACCACAAUCAAUCGUCACCAGGAGGUACAUUGCCACUUACUCCUGUGGCCCAAACAGGGUUACCCCUUUUACCUUUCCGUAAGGAUGUAGGCAUGAGUAUUGUCCACUUGAAGCCUGGAUGCUGGAGCAGAAUGCACUACUUUCCCUACUUUUUACGAAGCAAUUGUGGUUAAGUGUCUUGCUCAAGGGCAAAGUGUCAUUACCGGGAUUCAAAUCCAUACUCUGCUGCUGACACCAGGGUUUUGGUCCGGUGAACUAGACCGCUUGAAUGCUGACACGUCACAAUGUUUUUUUUAAACCCUCAAAUGAGGCCUUGAGACCACACGUCAGCUCAUGUCGUGAAUAAGUUCAAUUUUGAUUUCGUAUGAGUCUCUCCUUGGUGAAUGAAUUCAUCAACCUGGUUUCACGUUAAAUUUGCAUUGUGGUUUACCCGUGCACCGAUGUGUGUUUAGCACUGUACACUUAGUGGGAUUCGAACCCAUGACCUUUGCCACACUGGGCAAGCUCCAAGGUAAGACUAGAAUGGCAAAGGUGCAAAUAAAACCCAAAUAUGACUUGGGAUUUGUUCAUAGUGCUCGGUGAAGCACGGAGUGAACAGUGCUUUAACGCACAUUUAUGUAUUGGUAAAACACAAAUAAUAUUCUAUGAAAUUUUGGUUCCGUUUUUAUCUGUGUGUUAUUAUUAAUAGUAUUACAAUUGUCUGAUUGAACGGAACGCAAUGAAUUCACUUUCUAUUGCACAAUGCAUUUUAAAAGCACUUGGUUUCAAAUUUUAACUUAAAUAGAUUCAAAAUGAAAAUUUACAUGUACAAUUUUUACGUGUACAAUUUUACUUAUUUAAAUAUUUCAAACCAUGAUUUAUAAUGUAAUGUAUUUAUUGCAGCUAUAAAGCAUUUUCUGUGUUUAAAUCAAUUUCAAUCUUUUAAUUUAAUACUUACAUGUAUACUUUAAAACUUGUGUUUAAUUUUUAAGUUUAAUCACACAAGCUGUUGAAGUUUGCAUGUAAUGAUAACAAUAAAAAAAAAUUAAAAAAUCACUACAGAAUUUGGAUCUUCUAAGAAAAUGACAGCCCAACUUAUUAUUUGAUAUAAUGAAGUUGCUUUAUUAAUUUUCUUGAAAAUGAAAUAAAAUUAUAACUAUUGCAAUGUUAAAAGUAUCUAAAGUUUGGGGAUAAAAUUAAAUAAACGGAAAGUUGUGGAUAACUUUA